CCUCUUCACGCAUUGAGGGCGCCAACACGCACAGCGCCGCCAGCGGCAACUGCCGUUUCGGCUCGCCAUUUUACACGAGCUGCGCUGUGUGGUUGCCCGAAAAAAUGAUGUCUUUGUCAGGUUUACGGCCAGUUUUUGCCGGGUUAUCGAGGAGACUGUAUGCUGCCCAGGUGGCUACAGCUACACAGUCGGCAGACAAAGCCCCUCUCCCACAAGAAUCUGUGCAGGUUUCCAAGCUGAACAAUGGUUUGACGGUAGCCUCGUUGGAGAACCACUCCCCGGUCUCACGGAUUGGCCUGAUGGUCAACGCCGGUUCCCGCUACGAGACCAGUCAGAAUCUUGGUGUUACCCACUGUCUCCGCAGUUAUGCCAACCUGACAACAAGUAAUGCAACGACUUUUAAGAUCACAAGAGGUUUGGAUGAGAUCGGUGCCAGUUUUGAAGCCACUACCACUCGAGAUCUCAUGAUCUACUCCAUGCAAUGUCUACGAACUCAUUUAGAUGAAGCCGCGUCCUAUCUGCAGGCAGCAACCACCGGUCAGCAGUUCAGACCCUGGGAGAUCAAGGACAACAGGCAAAGACUCUUCUUUGAUCUGGCGUCCGUCAGAGACCAACUGCAGAUCGAGGUUCUGGAGAACUUGCACGCUGCUGCCUUCAGAACUACCUUGGGCCGAUCCCUGUAUGCUCCGGAGUACAUGGUGGGCAAGAUAGGCAGCGAGAUGCUGCUGGAGUACGUCAACAACAUGUACACGGCCGAAAAUAUGGCUCUAGUGGGAGUGGGUGUUGACCACGGCGACCUGAAGGCCUUUGGGGAGAAGUUUGACGUCAAGAGAGGCUUUAAGACAGUAGCUCCAGCUGCCAACUAUGCAGGAGGUGAGAUUCGCAGCCAGCGAGAUUCCCCGUACUCGUACGUCGCGGUGGGCGUCCAAGGCGCGGCCCUGAGCAGCAAAGAACUCCUGACCCUGGGUGUCCUGCAGCAACUGAUGGGUGCUGGACCUUACAUCAAGCGGGGCAGUCAGCUGGCAUCGUCCAAGCUGUCUCAGGCCGCUAGCAAGGCAACCACGGUCCCUUUCUCGGCAAAUUGUUUCAACAUGUCAUACACUGACUCUGGACUCUUUGGAAUGUUUGCCGUUACCCACGCCGAGCAAAUGGGAGCUAUGCUGAAAUCCAUGAUGGGUCAGAUGGGUGCCGUCACCAAGGGAAACAUUGAUGACAAGGACCUCUCCAGAGCAAAGAACCAGCUGAAAGCCUCUAUCCUGAUGAGUCUUGAGAACCAGUCUACUGUCUUCGAAGACAUCGGAGUGCAGGCCCUGUGUACUGGGGACUAUGUCUCACCAGCAGCCAUGAUGGCAGAGGUAGAUGCCAUCACUGGACAAGAUGCACUCAAGGUGGCCAAGCGGAUAUUCAAUGGCAAGCUAUCCAUGGCAGCUAGCGGAGACUUAGACAACACACCUUAUCUGGAUCAGCUACUGAGUGCAUAGUCAUCAUUAAUACUUCUAUAAUUAACCCUCAAGUAGGAUUCUGUACAGGAAAAUGCUAUAGGAGACGUUUGGAAUUGAUUCGGGGAAAACAAUGACGAUGACAGCAGAAAGUGGGAACUUCUGUUUCAGAACAGUUGUGUUUAGGAAAAUCAUCUUGAGAGUCAGGCAAAUUUCUCCAAAGUCUGCCCAAGUCUUAAUUGGUGCUGUUUGUCAACAAGUUAAUUGACAAUCUGACAAUCUGAGUCAUUUGUUUUGAAUCUGAUGAAAUCUCCAUCCACAUUGCUUGAUGCGCUGGUAGAGUUUGUGCUUCAAAAUUUUUACGUUGGUAUUUGUUUGAACUGGGGAUCAUUACUGGACAGGGAACUUGGGAGAUUUGAAUGUAAAAUUACCAAUACACUGAGAAUCAAUUAUAAACUGGUAUUUUGAAAGGCACCAGUGUGUUUUUAUUAUGUAUACAUAUGUUCAUAAUAUUGAUCUUAAUUUGAAGUGAUUUGGGAGGAAAUUGUUUCAAUUUAUGUCUGGUUAAAAUAUGUCCAAUACUUUAGAAACCCUUUUAAUUGAUUGCACAGUUCAACAUUUUAUUUAUUUUCUGCCCAUUUCAUCAUACCUAAACAAAAUCUUGUCAUAUUUGAAAAAGGGGAACUUUGUUCAGUUCACCAGUCAACGUCUCUCCAAUUUGAGAACCUAGAUGCAUUAAAUAAGAAUUUUCCCCUAUUUUUUUUUUUAUUGUGUGAAAAUGGGUAGAUUGCAAGAGAUAACCAACUAAAAUUUAGUUAACUGAAUGAUAUGUAUCUUAAUAUGACUGAUGUACGGGGCGAUACUCGCAUUUGAAGCUGUUCAUCGGUCGGAACCCAUCACCGGUUUAAAAUCCACUUUCCCAUGUGGAGUGUACAUUUGAUUUGGUUGUUACGUUAUCAAUUGUUUGAUUUGAUAUCAAAUAAAAAGAGUGUUUGAUUGGAA